CCACUCUCUAAUCUAUCCCAAUCCUUCCUUUGCACGCCAGAGCAAACACCGAAACACGCGUAUGCGAUCCAUCCAUCAUUUAUCUAUUAUUUAUGCCACAGUUGAAACUCUAGUUUUCUUGUUCGCCAAGAGAUCGAACAGUGCCACGAAGGAAAAAAGCAUUUUCUAGAUCUGAUGAAUUAGAUAUGGUGAAUUUCUCACUUUAAGAAGAGAACACGCCGAUAUCUGUAUUUUCAGUUCUCUGUUUGGAUCGAGUUCAGGGAUAGGGUUCUUGAUUCUCAUCCAUAACAAUUCUUUGAUGUUCACGCGAGAGUGAUAGAGGUCUCAUUCAAGAGAAAUGGAGAAAGCUUCGUUUCCGCUUCGAAGCUCCGCUUAUCUCGACGCGCUUGCCCAGGAAAUCGAAAGAAAGCUCCAACGGGUAACCUGUAGCUAAUGCGUGCUAGGCACUAGCUUCUCCAUCGCAGAGGCGCAACUUGUUGCAAGAGUUGUUUGCGGACAUAGCUUUGGAAGUUGAUGAUAGAGCUAGAGAGAUGAUUCUUAGGAGGGAACAAGAUACAAUUUCUUCUGCUGAGGAUAGCAUUCAUGGUCAAUUAUGCUUUUAUGAUGUGCUUGCUGAUUACUAUGUUCAAGUGCCGGAGCAAGGAAAACCAAUCCUUGAUCUGAUUGUCCAGCUUUGGAGCCAGUCAUUUGCUUCACAUAUAUUCUCCCUCUUGUUCCACAAAUGGCUGUUUGAAAUCCAACUUGAGAAUUCUGAAGUACUGAUCCGUUACUCAUCUGCUCUUGUUCAAGGUGCUACAAAUGUUUUCUGGAUUGACAUCCAGUCAAAUGCAAGGCGCUUCCAAUCUUUUUUUAGGUAUCUGCUCGAGGAUGUUGCAUUGGAGCCCAAGAGGUUGAACAAAAUCCCUGUGCAAGUCCAGCGAGAUUUGUAUCUUUUACUUUCAAGGUUCAUACUAUUUUACAACUCAGAUGACAAGCUAGAAAGCUUCUUGAAGCAUUUCCCCAUCUUUCCUAAUGCUUUCUUAGUUGGUGGUCCAGCAGACUUCUUUGUCAUUGAACUCACAGAUGAGCUUCAGAAGCUAAAGGUGGAGCCUGUAUUGUUGCAUUACUUUUCAGAACUUAAAGCUCUUCAGGGCAUGGAACUUCGAAUGUCCACGAGCACGAGGUUGAAGGCAUGUUUAUAUAGCUUCACUUCUCCUGGUGGUCCCAUGUAUCCCACAAGAGCCGUCCGUCAUGCAGCAUGGGAUGCUCUAGAUUUACUUUUUCCGGUUGGACGGUAUCCCCGGCAUCUUAUUGGUCUGUUUUUCCGACUGUUAUAUCCAUGGUACUGGCCUUCUUCAUGUUGGAAUUUUAUAGUAUCUUGCAUAAAGGCGUUAUUUUAUUCUCUGUUGAGGUUGAUCUUUUCUAGUUGGGAAAAGUUCGAAGAGCCAAAGAUGUCCUGAAUGUCGAGUCCAAAGGUGUCGACGCGUUUUAAUCUCUCAAGCUGUAAAGCGUGUUGUAUAAUUGCCUUCCUUUUUUGUCAUAUUCCCUGCUUGCGGCCCUCUAGCUUUGGUAGCUUUUGGUCAUUUAGUAGUCGUCUUGCUUAUUAUUUUAAUGAGCCAUACCAACUGAAUUAAGAAGCAAUUGUUAGUUUGUCGGAUCUCAAAAAUAAUUGGGUCAACAAAUCGUCAGGCGUAAAAAGUUCA